AUGCGCUCUAGACUCAUACUCCUUGCAGCCGGGCUCUGCGCGGCCAUUCCUGUUCAAGACAGCCCUCGGCAGCGACUACUUGAUGGUCUUGGUAUCCCUUCAAGUUACCGCAGCGUCUCCGGUGGAAACCCUAUUCCGUUCACUCCAGGGCAUAGAGAUCCUGAUGACAAUGCUGUCGAUGCUGUUGGUGAGAAGUUGGACCCCCUACCAUGGCGCAACGGCCUCGGUGCCUCUGUCCUAGGGCCGUGGAAUGAGGCUCGUUCCCGCCAGAGCCCCGAUCUCGUACGACCGCCGAGCACAGAUCACGGUAACCUGGGCAAUAUGCGCUGGAGUUUUGCGGACUCUCAUAUUCGCAUCGAGGAGGGCGGGUGGACCCGACAGACUACUGUUCGAGAGUUACCGAGCAGCUCAGAACUCGCCAGCGUCAACAUGCGACUGGGCGAAGGUGUCAUUCGCGAGCUGCAUUGGCAUAAGGAGGCUGAGUGGGCCUAUGUGCUAGAGGGCAAGGUUCGAGUGACCGCUCUGGAUUACGAAGGCGGCAACUUUAUCGACGAUUUGGAAAAGGGUGAUCUCUGGUACUUCCCUUCUGGAAUCCCUCACUCGCUGCAGGGCCUCAGCGAGAAUGGAACCGAGUUCCUUCUGGUCUUCGACGAUGGUCACUUCUCCGAAGAGUCCACCUUUGUGCUCACUGACUGGCUGGGUAAAGAUUGCCCCUUCAACUUGAAAUGCCACUUUCUGACCGAGACAGCUCACACCCCCAAGUCGGUUAUUGCAAAGAACUUCAACUUGGCUCCUGAGGUGUUUGCACACAUCCCUGCCAAGGAAAAGUAUAUCUUCCAGGGCACUGUGCCAGGGUCGAUCGACAAGGAAGCGCCCAGCGGCAAGAACGUGAAGAAGUCGAAGCACAAUUUUACGCACAAGAUGCUGGCACAGGAACCCCUAAACAGUACCAACGGCGGCGGCCAGGUUCGCAUCACCGACUCGAAAAACUUCCCCAUUUCCAAGACCAUCGCCGCAGCCCAUGCCAUCAUCGAGCCUGGUGCGAUUCGUGAGAUGCACUGGCACCCCAACGCCGAUGAAUGGUCCUUCUUCAUCCGGGGGCGUGCUCGUGUCACUAUCUUUGCCUCUGAAGGUAACGCCAGGACCUUCGACUACGUGCCAGGAGAUGUCGGCAUCGUGCCUAGGAACAUGGGCCACUUCGUCGAGAAUAUCGGCGACGAGCCUAUCGAGAUGCUUGAGGUUUUCCGCGCCGACGAGUUCCGCGAUAUCUCCCUGUUUCAGUGGAUGGGCGACACUCCCAAGAAGCAGGUUGUCGACACUUUGUUCGCAGACGACCCAGAGAAUGCCAAACUCUUCUGGGACCGCGUGAAGGAUGCUGACAACAACGCCGUCACUAAGCCCGACUUUGUUCGUUCUGCUGGUGCUCAGCCUGAAGAGCUCUGA